AUGGCUACUGCCAGCAAUCUGACUCCUACAAAUUGCAGCUGGUGGCCUAUUUCUGCAAUAGAGAAUGAUGCAGGCAAAACGAAUGAAGGGAAGGAAGAUGCUGAAGCCUCAACCCCCAGCCUCAAAGCCAAGGACAAGCUGGUUUUAUACCACUGGACACAGUCCUUCAGCUCCCAGAAGAUACGUCUCGUGAUUGCAGAGAAAGGUUUGCCAUGUGAUGAGCGAGAUGUCAGCCUGCCCUUGGCAGAACAGAAAGAGCCGUGGUUCAUGAGACUCAAUCUUGGGGAGGAAGUGCCAGUGGUAAUCCACGGAGAUAACAUCAUAAGUGACUAUAACCAGAUCAUAGACUACAUUGAGAACAAUUUCGUGGGAGAACUCAUUCCACAGUUAAUACCAGAAGCUGGAAGCCUUCUUCACUCCAGGGUUCUUCAAUACAGAGAAACCCUAGAGAGCCUGCCAAUGGAUGCCUACACUCAUGGAUGUAUUCUUCACCCAGAGCUCACCACAGAUUCCAUGAUCCCAAAGUAUGCCACAGCUGAGAUUCGCAGGCACCUUGCCAACGCCACCACCGAACUCUUGAAACUUGAUAACGAAGAGUCUCAACUAACAGAGCCAUACCUUUCCAAACACAAAAAGCUAAUGGCAAAAAUCCUGGAACAUGACAAUGUGAACAACCUGAACAAAAUCUUUAUUGAACUAGCCAUGGUCUUAGACCAAGUAGAGGCAGAGCUGGAGAAGAGGAAAAUUGAGUAUGAAGGCCGAAAAUGUGAGCUCUGGCUUUGUGGGAACACAUUCACCUUAGCCGACAUUCUUCUGGGAGCCACGUUACAUCGCCUCAAGUUCCUAGGACUUUCCAAAAAACACUGGGAAGAUGGGAGCAGACCAAACUUACAGUCCUACUUUGAGAGAAUACAGAAGCGCUAUGCAUUCCGGAGAGUACUGGGAGACAUCCACACCACUCUCCUGUCAGCCGUUUUACCCAACGCAUUCCGCCUUGUCAAACGGAAACCGCCAUCUUUCUUCGGGGCAUCUUUCCUUAUGGGGUCACUGGGGGGGAUGGGGUACUUUGCCUACUGGUAUCUAAAGAAGAAAUACAUCUAAUGACUAGCGUGUCUUAGUUUGAUGUCUCUUGUGCUAUGUGUUAUAAUUCAGCCGAAUACCAGAAACUGGAACGAUCGUCGCCAUGAAAUAUCCUUAACGCUAAUGUUAACAUUCCAUGAUAGAGAACACGUAGACCUUAUAUCCCAACACAACUACUAGAUCUGCAAAUGACUUUUGUAGAAAACAAAAAAUUCUAGACUGUUGCAGUAUUAAUAGAUAAAGGGCGCAAUCACAAACUGCCUAAAUUUGCUUCUACGGAAACAGCGCUACACCUGUCCACAGGUGGUGUCUGGUAUUGCAGCUUUAUUAAAGGGGUCGUGUCAUAUCUCUGAGACGCACACCUACUGUAUCACUAGAACGGGACCCCAAAAGCGAACAAUGCGCAGCGUGCUCUCCAUUCACUUCUAUGGGAAUUCCGAAAAUAGCCAAGCGAGUACACUCUGCUAUUUUCAGAAGUCCCAUAGAAGUGAAUAGAGAACGCAUCGCACACACACGUCCACCUCUCCAUUCACCUUUAUGGGACUGCUGGAAAUAGCCACCCCAGCACUCCCAUAGCAGUGAAUGGUGGGUGGCCACGCUUGCACAGUUCACUUUGGGAGACCCGUUCUAGAGAUAGAUGCCCCCCGCACCCACACCUAUCUGAAAACUGGUGGCAUAUCUUAGUGAUAUGACAUCAAUCUCUCAGAUGAGACAAUCCCUCUAAAGUGAAUAUGGCCGAGCUGCAAUACCAGUCACAACCUGUGGACAGGAGUGGCACUGUUUUUUUUUUUAUAACAAUUAUAAGCAUCUUAAUUGAGACAUGUCAGAAGAUAAUAUCCAUGGGGAUUCCUAAUUCAAGAACUGUUAAAAUCAAGGGCUGCAGUGCUGUCUACUGCCCUUUUGUCUUCAUUUCAAGCUGAUGGCUGCCUCCUCAAAAUGACAAAUCAAGCAACCGCCAUCUCGUGAGACCCCCCUCUCCUAAGCAGGAUGCACAGUGCGACAAGGCACAUUGGGUAAAGUAUAGUGAAGCCGUGGGUCAGAGGUUGUGGUAUAGAGGGUGCCCAUUCUGACCCUACGGGCCUGGGGUCUCAGCUCAUGGACCGUCCUGGCCAAUAACCUCUUCUAACAUUUCUCAAUGAAACAUAGAAGAUGAUGGACGUACCCUUAUAUCAAUUUGUGACCAAGAUCUCCGACAUCUUUGUGGCAGAGAGAAUCAAAUUGUGAUGAAAUGACAUUUCUUCUUCGUCGCAUCAUUGAAAUCUUUAUGUUUAUAGUCUCUUUUAAUCUAAAUUCCUGUAUUUAAAGGGAUUAUCCAACCCGUAUAAUGACCCCCCCUAAUUUCUGGGCCCCUCAUAUAGAUUAU